UUAGCAUUUUUCGUAACAAAAACACUCUUGACAAUGUCAAGAUCAGUCUGUGUACAUAACUCUUGGUCUUUAUAUAACAUUUCUGCCAAGGAAAUUAAAUCCAUAGAUGUUCUUUCAGCCACUGACAACGGAGGGCUGUCAACAUCAAUUUGGUCAUAGCACAAAAUUACUCCAAAGUUUCACAUUGUUUGACUUUACCCAUCAUAUUAAUUUAGAAAAAAAGAGCAAUCAGACAGAUAAUAAAGAAUAAUUCUACCGUAUUAAGUUAUUAACAGUAAUGUGGCUGCGUUGUGUAUUUUCUUUCACCAAAGUCUCUCCUCUUUAAAGGUCGUUUUACACCAACAGUAACUACGACCUCGCUCAAAUUUUUAAAGACCAUGGCUCUUCACAUAAAUCAUAUGCUCAUGAUCAGUGCUCACCUUUAUAUUCGAUCCAUUCCUUCCUCCACAUAUUUGACCUAAAAAUGGAGACCUGGUUCAUCAUCAUCCUCAUCUCCUUCUUUUCGGCUCUUCUCUGCCAUCUAAUCUUCAAGAAAAUCUCUGAAAACGGCCAGCAGCAGCUUCCUCCAGGACCCCUCACCAUCCCUGUCUUUGGCAACUUGUUAUGGCUCCGCAAGUCCUUCUCUGACCUCGAGCCCAUCCUUCGCAACCUCCACGCCCAGUAUGGCCCCAUAGUCACACUCCGUAUCGGCUUCCGACCCAACAUCUUUGUCGCCGACCGUUCGAUUGCCCACCAAGCCCUCGUUCAGAAAGGCGCAGUCUUCGCUGACCGCCCCCCCGCUUUCCCCACCACCAAGAUCUUCUCCAGCAACCAGCAGAGCAUCAACACCGCCUUCUAUGGCCAGAUAUGGCGCCUCCUCCGCCGCAAUCUUACCUCCGAGAUCCUCCACCCUACGCGCGUCAAGUCAUACACUCGUGCACGCUCGUGGGUCUUGGACAUCCUCCUGGACAACCUUAUGCGUGAGGCGGACCUUGUCUUCGUGGUCGACCAUUUUCAAUACGCCAUGUUUUGCCUGUUGGUUCUGAUGUGUUUCGGGGACAAGCUCAGCGAGACCCAGAUUAAAGAAAUCGAAGUUGUCCAGCGUCGCCAGCUUUUGGCACUCUACAGCUAUAAACUACUCAACAUCUUUCCAAGGAUUGGAAUGAUAUUGUUCCGUAAGCAUUGGGACGAGUUGUUCAACCUUCGUAGAGAUCAGGAGGCCAUACUAGUGCCUUUGAUAGAAGUGAGGAAGAGAGUGAAGCAAGAAAGACUAAGCAGGGCAAAAGUUCAGGCCGACGUCCUCUUGGAAGACAAAGAUGAUGAGGAGUCCGUGGUAUCGUACGUGGAAACGUUGCUGGAUUUGGAGUUGCCGGAGGAAAAAAGAAAGCUUGACAUGGGCGAAAUAGUCAGUUUGUGCUCGGAGUUUCUCAACGCGGGCACGGAUACUACGUCCACGGCGUUGCAGUGGAUUAUGGCAAAUAUUGUGAAAUAUCCGCAUGUCCAAGAGAGGCUUUACGAAGAGAUUAAAGGUGUUGUUGGUGUCCUUGAUGGUGAGAUCAAGAAGGUGAAGGAGGAGGAUUUGCAUAAGAUGUCGUAUUUGAAGGCUGUGGUUUUGGAGGGUUUAAGGCGGCACCCACCUGCACAUGGUGUGUUGCCGCAUGCGGUGACAGAGGAUGUAGUUUUGGAGGGCUACUUGGUGCCCAAGAAUGCCAAUUUGAAUUUCAUGGUUGCCGAGAUGGGUUGGGACCCCAAGGUUUGGGAGGAUCCCAUGGCGUUCAAGCCGGAGAGAUUCUUGAGCGGCAAUGAUGGCGGAGUGGGGGAAGUACCGUUUGAUAUAACGGGAAGUAGAGAGAUUAAGAUGAUGCCGUUUGGGGCAGGGAGGAGGAUUUGUCCAGCUUUUGGUUUGGCAAUGCUUCAUUUGGAGUAUUUUGUGGCCAAUUUGGUAUGGAAAUUUGAGUGGAAAGCCGUGGAUGGAGACGAGGUUGAUUUGUCAGAGAAAGAAGAGUUCACUACAGUGAUGAAACAUCCAUUGAAAGCCCAUCUAUCUCCUCGGGUUUUGAUUGGAUAGACUGAUUAUCUUAUAUUAUCGUGUAGGGCUUCAUAAAUCUUUUGGUAAGAUGUGACGAUCAAUUGCCGACUA